GGUCUCGGGUUUGCGCGAGGUUAGGGAAGAACGGGGCAUGCGCGUUCCCCGGGGAGUGGGGCCAUUGUGUGAGCGGGACCGGCGGAGCUCUGCCACAAGCUCCGGGUGGCGCCGAGUCAGGCCGGGAUGGAGCCGUUGACCGUCGCUACCGGGGAUGACGGGCCCGGACCGCCCGGGCCCUCGGAGAGCGGGGGCCUGACUGCUUCCCAGCGCCGGGCGGAGUUGAGGCGAAGAAAGCUGCUAAUGAACUCGGAGCAGCGAAUCAACCGGAUCAUGGGCUUCCACAGGAGCGGGACUGCCACGGAAGAAGAAGCGAAUGCAGAAUCAAAGCAGCAUGACACUGAUAAGCUGAACUCCCUCCCUGUUCCUUCAGUUUCAAAGCGAGUGGUGCUGGGUGAUUCGACUGGCACAGGAACAGUGGACCACCAGGGUGGCAUUACAGAGAUCAAGGGAACCCAACUGAUAGAUAAAAAGGACUCUUUAAUCAAUCCAUCUGAGAGUAGUAGUGAUAGUAACCUUGAACUCCGUCAUCGAAAAAGAGGGGAUCUUACAACAGAAACUGUCCAGAGAAGCUCCCAGCAUGGCUUAGACCAGUAUCUUUCCAGAUUUGAUGAAGCAAUGAAGUUAAGAAAACAAUUGAUUAGUGAAAAACCUAGUCAAGAGAAUGGAAGUACAGGGGAAGAAUUUGAUACUUUUCGAAUUUUCAGAUUGGUGGGAUGUGCUCUUCUUGCCCUUGGAGUUCGGGCUUUUGUAUGCAAAUAUUUGUCCAUAUUUGCUCCAUUUCUGACAUUGCAACUUGCAUUCAUGGGAUUAUCUAAGUACUUCCCAAAGAGUGAAAAGAAGGUGAAGACAACAGUACUAACUGCUGCACUUUUAUUGUCUGGAAUCCCAGCUGAAGUAAUCAGUCGUUCCAUGGAUACCUAUAGCAAAAUGGGAGAUGUUUUCACAGACCUUUGUGUCUACUUUUUCACUUUCAUCUUCUGCCAUGAACUGCUUGUUUUUUGUGGCUCUGAAGUUCCAUGAAAGCUAUUGAACACAAAAGAGUAUCUUAUAAAGCCAAUUUUCUGUUCUCUACUAAUCUAAGGGAAAGAAACCAGUUUAUACUUUUAUAGCAUUCUUACUUGAUAGGAGUUGUAGAACCACUGGAUUAUGAAUGGAAUGGCAGGGUCCCCAGUUCACAGGUUUUGUGCUUGUACUAGUCCUGAUGUGAAGAAUAGAGUACAGGUGUCAUUCAUUUAUUUGUCUUACUCAGUUAAAAGGUGUAUCUAUUGCCCUGGCCUACAUUCUGCUCAGGUUGUAUUCUUUCUCUUUUGGCCUAUGAUAAUACAACUAAGGUCUUUGUGCUCUUUGCAGAACUGUUAAACAUUGUCUUAGCCAUCCCUAAGAACUGCUUCUGGUAUUUGUUUUUCCUUCUCUUACAAUAAAUGAGUCCAUCUUAUACAUAAAAUUAAACUAACUGUGUUUUCUGACCUUCUUGUAUACAAUGUAAUAUCCAGUAAUUGAAUGAAGUAAUCAAAUGUUAGCCAGUUUCCUCAUUGAAAACACUUCUUUAUUUUCAAUCCAGCCCCUAAUAUUUAAUCAAAUAUAGGAGUCCAUUUGCACAAAUAAAAUUGGAGGAGGCUUGGGAAGUUA